GAGUGAGUGAAGAGAGACAUACAUAAACCCUAAAAUUCACAAUCUUCCCUCCACUUUUGCCUCCUCAUACAAAUUGCCCCCUCUUUUCCCUCUCUUUCUCUCUCUCUCUCUUCGCGCACGCCAUCAAUUCUUCUCAGUCUCACACUACUCCAAAAUAGCUUCUUUUUUCAACAAAGUUUUAAUUUUUUAAUUUUAUUUUCCUUUACCUGAAACCAAAGAGGAAAAGGAAUCACGAAUGGGCAAGUACAUGAAAAAAUCCAAAAUCGCCGGCGAUGUCGCCGCUGUAAUAAUGGAAACUCCAUCACAUGCCUCCACCGUCGGAGUCCGAACAAGGGCAAAGACUCUCGCCCUCCAGAAAUUGCCAGCUUCUUCGCCGCAGCAUACAGACUCCUCUGCCUAUCUCCAGCUCCGUAGCCGCCGCCUCCGUAAGGUCCCUCCGCCGCCACCGCCUCGUAGGGAGAGCGCUUCCGUCGAAAAUUCGAGGCUUCGAGAGUAUUCGGUCAAAACGUCAUCGCAAAGCGUUGAAAAAUUGGGAGAUUUCUGUGCUGAAGAGGAGAAUGUUGAUUUCUCUUUGGAAGGUUCAUUUGGAGAAAAUUUCUUGGAGAUUGAAGGCAGAGAUAGAAGCACCAGGGAAAGCACACCUUGUAGUUUAAUAAGAGAUUCAAGUGUAAUUCAUACCCCUGGUUCAACCACAAGGCAAAGGACACGCCGAAUAAUUCAUGAACACCCGCAAAGAAAUAUUCCAACAUCUUUAGAAAUGGAUGAGUUCUUUGCUUUGGCAGAGAAGCAGCAACAAGCAAUAUUUAUGGACAAGUACAAUUUCGACGUAGUGAAUGAUGUACCUCUACCAGGUCGGUACGAAUGGGUCCCUGUACUUCAUUAGGAGAAAUUUUAGCCACAACCAUCUGGAUUUCAAGCAGAGCUAUUAGACUUGUAAUUUAGCAGAGCUAGCAGCUUUCACUAACCAUUUAGAUCGCUUGGAUCUUGUUCAACAAGCUAUAAGAGAAGGGAUCUGUUUAGUUUAUAGAUGACAUUUCUAAUAUAUGGGUAGUUUAGUGUUAGUUAAGUGUAUUUCUUAUAUGUAGGGGUAGGGGGGUAUAUGGGUUUCAUCUUUUAUUUUAUUUUCUUUAGUGUUAACUUUCUGUCUAUAAUUUAGUAGGGAUUCAUCCUUGGUCAUGAUGUCCAGAGUUAACGUAGUCUUUAUGUUCUCAAGAUCGUUAUUUAGCUGUCAACUUUUAACUUUUGGUGACUGUAUUUUUCCUAUGACCCACAAA